UCCAGGACGAGCUGGUUUUGCUGGGAGUUGUGCUCAGGCUGGCUGGCGAAGCCGAGGGGCAGUGGGAGGCUCCCACUGCAGUUCAGCUCGGCACGGCCCGUGGUGUCUGCUUGGAAACUCCAGGCACUCCAUGCUGCCCCGUCAUGUACAGAGGCUGGGCAGAGACUGGAUCGCCCACUGGAACGGUUCUCAGAUACUCACCUUGAACAGCCCAGUUCCCAGCUGUAUGAGAUGGGCCGGACACUAUCCCUGGGCCUCGUUCCCACUUCCUGUUCCAGCUGAUUUCUCUGCAAACUGGAGACUCCCUCUGGUUUUUGGACCUUGGAGACAAUUUCAGAACUCUAAUUGGCAGCUUGAUAACUUCACGCAAAGCUCUUGCUUUCAUCUGCCUAACCCCAGUAUGAAAUCUGAGGGAGAAGAACCAUUGACAAAGAAGAGAAGACUCAGUGGCCAGCACGAUACUUCAGCUCCUGGCGAAGAAACAAACUUCUCUCAUCAGAAGGAAGCAUUGUGUUUUUCUGUAGCACAGAAUGAAGAACAUAACAACAGGAAAGGAACCGUCAGAAGACACUGGGAAUAUUUCUGUCAGCACAGUAGAACAAUGAAAAUCUUUGAAAAUAAAGAAACUGACCAAAGCAAUACAGAAAGUGAGGCAAAAUUUGAUUUUACAGUCAUGUCCUACAAUAUUCUCUCACAAAAUUUGUUGGAAGAUAACUCCCACCUAUAUAAACACUGCAGGCAACGACUGUUAAUCUGGACAUACAGAUUUCCCAACAUUCUACAGGAAAUCAAGCAGCUGGAUGCAGAUGUACUCUGUUUACAAGAAGUCCAAGAAGACCACUACAGAGCAGAGAUCAAGUCAAGUUUGGAAUCCCUGGGGUAUCACUGUGAGUAUAAAAUGAGGACAGGGAGAAAACCUGAUGGCUGUGCUAUUUGUUUCAAAACUUCCAAAUUUAGCCUGAUUUCAUCAAACCCCGUGGAAUUUUUUCGCCAUGAUAUUCCACUCUUGGACAGGGACAACGUUGGACUGGUGUUGCUUUUGCAGCCUAGAUUUCACUGUAAAACUAAUGCUGCAAUCUGUAUAGCCAAUACACAUCUACUGUAUAACCCAAGGCGAGGGGACAUCAAACUGACCCAGCUUGCAAUGCUCCUGGCAGAGAUUGCUAGUGUUGCCCCUCAGAAGGAUGGUACCUUCUGUCCAAUUAUCAUCUGUGGUGACUUCAAUUCUGUUCCUGGUUCUCCAUUGUACAGAUUUAUAAAGGAAGGAAAGUUAAAUUAUGAAGGACUUGCUAUAGGGAAGGUUUCUGGACAAGAACAGUUUCCAAGGGGCCAAAGAAUCUUACCUAUCCCAAUCUGGCCAAAAAAAUUAGGUAUUUCACAAAACUGUGUAUAUGAAAUAAAACAGCAACAAAAAGAAGAAAAUGCAGGAGAAAAAUUGAAAGCAGCAAAACUGGACAACGCUCAGGAGAUUGUAAUGGCAUCUGAAAAGUUGUCUUCAAAAUUGCAGCACCAUUUUAAGUUGUCUUCAGUCUAUUCUCAUUACUUUCCUGAAACUGGGAUACCAGAAGUAACGACUUGUCACUCCCGAAGUGCUGUCACUGUGGAUUAUAUUUUCUAUUCUGCAGCGAAUGAUGACACUGCUGCCCAGUCAGAAGGUCACUUUUCAGAUGGUCCAGCGCCUGUCAAGUGAACGACCUCUGUGGCUUUUGCUCAGAGAGCAGUCGCUUGCGUGGGCCCGGUUGUCUCUCGUGAAUGCAGUUGCAGCUGGAACGCACCAGAUGGUGCAAGAAAGACACGGUACCUCUGCGGGUGCGUUCCUCCUGAGCUGGCGCUCUUACCCUGGGCACUCCGAGCAGUGCGCCUGCCGUGUCGUCUUUAGUUCUGUGGUUUAUGCCAUCGUCAAAGGUCAUUGCACAGCGUGGUGCUAUCGGAUAAAGGCUCUGCAGAACUCGGAACAAACCAACCUGCAUUCCGCUCCUGCUUCUGCUGUAAAUUGCAACUAGUUUUUUAUAAAUUAGCAUUGUUCUCAGUAUGUGAAACGAAAAUACCACCUUCGUCUUUCGUACCUUGAGACUAGAUUAUUAAAAUUGAGUCAAUGCGCAGGAGUCUCAUUUGUCAUAACAUGUACAGUAAAUGCUCUUAAUUUAACAUAUCAAAUACAAGAGCUUCACAAUACAGAAAUAAAAGCUUUGACUGAAUAA